AUGUCUGGUGAUACUGAGGCCACAUUUAUUUUAUCUUUAGACGACGAUGAAAAUGAUAUUGCAUCAUCUCAUCCAAAUCACAAUAAAACAAUAACAGCAGAUUAUUCAACAGAAAAUACAGUAGUUGAAUUCUCUAUUUCAAUUAAUGAUGAUAGCGUUGAAGUGAAAGGAGGCGAUUCAAUGUCAUUGGAAGAACAAUUAGCUUGGUUUGGCGAUUAUCUUGAAAAAGAAUCUCGUGUAUUUGAACAAAAAUGGUCACACCCAACUCAAAGUAAUGCAACCUUGAAUCAGUUCGAUCGUAUAAAAACACUUGGUACAGGAUCAUUUGGUCGUGUCAUGUUAGUGAAAGAUAAAAAGACACAGAUGUAUUAUGCAAUGAAAAUUCUAGAAAAACAAAAAGUUGUCAAACUCAAACAAGUAGAACAUACAUUGAAUGAGAAAAAAAUUUUACAAGCAAUCAAUUUUCCUUUUCUUGUCAGUAUGGAUUUUAGUUUUAAAGAUAAUUCAAAUUUGUAUAUGGUACUUGAGUUUGUCAGUGGAGGUGAAAUGUUUUCCUAUUUAAGAAGAGUUGGGAAAUUCAGUGAAGAAGAUUCACGUUUCUAUGCAAGUCAAGUUGUACUGGCAUUUGAAUAUCUGCAUUCUUUUGAUUUAAUCUACAGGGAUUUAAAACCUGAGAAUUUACUGAUUGCUAGUGAUGGUUAUUUAAAAGUUACCGACUUUGGAUUUGCCAAAAAAAUCAAAGGACGAACAUGGACAUUAUGUGGAACACCAGAAUAUCUUGCCCCCGAAAUUAUUCUAAGCAAAGGCUACAAUAAAGCUGUGGAUUGGUGGGCACUGGGUAUUUUGAUCUAUGAAAUGGCUUGUGGAUAUCCACCAUUUUUCGCAGAUCAACCUAUAGAAAUUUAUGAGAAAAUUGUUGCUGGUAAAGUGAGAUUUCCCGGACAUGUUAGUAGUGAUCUGAAAAAUCUUCUUAAACAAUUGUUACAAACAGAUUUAACAAAACGUUACGGUAAUUUAAAAAAUGGUGUCGAUGAUAUCAAAUGUCAUAAAUGGUUCCGGCCAACUAAUUGGGUUACAGUUUAUCAAAAAGAAAUAUGUGCCCCAUUCUUACCGCCAUGUAAAGGGCCCGGUGAUACAAGUAAUUUCGAUGAUUAUGAGGAGGAACCACUUCGAAUAUCUAAAACAGAUUAUUGUUCAAAAGAAUUUGAAGAAUUCUGA